AAUUUCUUGAUCAGGUCUUGGCUGCCUUUCAUUGCCAUCACUGACGCAGUAUGUCGUCCCGCAAACGUGCGAGGGAUGAGUUCGACGACGACGAGCCUACCUUCGGAAGACAGAUCCUUCCUGUAGCCAAUCUCCCUGCAGACUUUCAUGGAACUCCUGCAGACGGCAUGGAAUAUCUUUUCACUGUUCGGAGAGAUGCUAAGAGACUGCCUAUGGUUACUCGAGUCCCAAAUCCAUACGAAAUCCCAGAUAUGACGACGCCGUCAGCAUCUGGACGUGACUCAUCUUCCGGACAUCCAUCGCUUCCCUCGACAGAAUGGCGUGCUCGAUUCGAGACUCGGUUCAAAAAUUUUCGCAAGAAUGUAUCCCAGCCGACUGCAAGUGUCCAGCUUCCGCAGGUUCCUGGCAACCUUCUGAUUCCCAGCAAGAAAGAGCGAGAUUUUUGGUGGGCAUUUCUCUCGGGGAAACCUGAGUCUGAAUGGAACCCACCCAAGAAGCCUAAACAAAAUAAGAAACUCAAGGGCAUGCGUGCAUUCACCGACGAUUCCGAUGCCGAGAUUACCUAUGAAGCGGUUCAGGAAACCUGGCAGAUCAACAAGGAUGGGGAUGUUGAAUUGGCAUCCCAGGUACGUUCGUCGAGUGUACAUGGUCCAGCUGACGAGGCGAAGACUUUGGACAAUGUUUCAUCUCUCGGCGAGAGUCCUCCUCCUUCUUACAAACCAAGACCACUGACGCCGUCAUUGCUGCAACACAUUGACCAGCGCAUGUCUCUGCAUCUCCUCAUGUACUUUACCCAUUGGAUAAACCUCCAUCUUGAUGACGAAAGGAGUCCGCCCUUUCCGCGUCUUGCUGAAGUUCAUGCGCAGUGGAUAUUCUUUCUCCUGACCCGCGUCGAGGAUUACAUAUCUGCCGACGACAUGAGUUCGCUGCGAAGUCUUGCCCGUGCCUGCCUUGCUUUGCUCAAGGUCUUACUCUAUGAAGAAAAAGAAGCCAGGCCAAAAGAUAGUGGCAUCGGAAAGAACUCGUGUUGGAUAAUAAUAUCGACUGUCGCUGGAAUCUGGGGCCAGCAGGAUUUGUGGAUGGAUGCUGAGGGCAUGUUGAAUUCUAUAGGACCGAAAUAAAUGAUGUGGUAUGUUAGUUCUAUUAACACUCGUGUCCUUGAUUUUUCCUUGUGUUGAUACAUUGAACCUACCGGACGCUUUUCUGUUGAACAUAACAUCCCAACAGUUAUAUCACCGGGCGACAAGGCACACCACACUCUACGGCAAUCAAUCAGCACCCAACUCUUGAAGCGAUGAGUCACCGUUCCAGGUUCCUCAAAAGCGCCAUACAUCCGAUUAAUGCUACCGGCAACCGGGUAACUUCCAGAACGGAUGUAACACUACGUUGUCUUAGGAGGAUUUUUUUGGAGGUCUGAAAUCACCGGUUGCGCCUGUCGAUGAGGUCUAAACCUGAGCCCUCGGGUCCUCCACUGUCACUAUAUUGCGACCAAUAGUCUUAAGGAUGCAACUACGUUCAUGUUCUACAAAUC